CAGGAAAUGGCUGUACCACAUUCGCUCACUGCGAUGUCAUUGCGCUGCAUGAGUGCAGCUGCAGUUCAAAGUGGUAGUGGAGGUCCUCCUAGUGUGGCUAGGUUGAGAGGACGCUAUCAAUGGUGGAAGCAACCAGUCUAUGUUGCUCCACAUGUGAACCCACUCGAGGUUGGGCCUGACUUUUCUGUUAUAGAAGGACGUACUAUUCAUGUGACGUCCAGGGAACAAUUGAAGCAAAAAUUCGAACAAAUACGAUUAGCGAAGAAGGCUGUCCAGUUGCUUGGUGAGAUAAAAGAAAUGGAGGAAGCACAUGCGAGAGCAGAAGCUCGACGAUCAUUAGAAUCUAAGCAAGCUGAAUUGCUCCGACCAAAAGCGAAAGGCAUAGCUAGUAUAGAAUAAUUAAAUGUACAGUUAGGAAUAUUUGUUAGAUAAAGAUUAAUCAUUGAUAGGUAAAAAAAACACCGCUAUCUUAUGGUGAUAAUUUAGUUUUUUUCCUUCUUCCCUAGUUUGCAUUUUAUUGCGCACACCAUUUGUAAGAAUUUACAGCACUCGUUGUGGUUUUAGUUUUUUUUUCAUAGUUUUCCCUGUCGUUUACCUCACUGCAGUCUUCUCUAUUAUUUUGUGCAGUUCAGAGACAAUUAAGCAGUGAUAUGAAAAAUA